CCAGGAAAGGUAGGGGCGGGCUGGAGACUCCGAGGAGGGGAGCCCCGGUCCUCAGGCCGCAGCCUGUUCCUCCUCUCCCCCGUGGGGCGUGUGGUGGAGGAGAAGCGGCCCCGCCCGGUCUCCUUGCCCGGCCUGGCCCGGCCCGCUUUCCGCCCUUCCCUUGUCACCCCCCUCUCUUUCCUAGUUGGUUCGUUCUCCUCUCUCUGUCCCGGGCUCCCCUUCUCCGCACAUACUCUUGUCCACGUCUAGGGAUGCUUGGCUCUGGGAGCACCUUUUUCUGACCUGGUUUACCAUCCCCGCUCCCCAUCCCCCAACCUCGACUCUCCCGGCCGAGCAUUCCAUAGGGAAAAAAGCACCUCUUUCCCAGUUGCCUAAGUUCCUUGUGUAGGAGAAAAAGGAAGAAGAGUAGGGUCUGGAGCUUAAACCUUAGAUGGAGUGAGACUAUUCAAGAACCCAAAGACCCCAGAUAUGGCUUCAACCUUAAGCUCUCCAGUGCCACCAUCCGAGGAGGUUCUUCAAAGGUCCUUGAUAAAGGUCAUGGAAGACUCUGUAUGGGGACAGGAAGCCUCUCCAGGAUUAGAAGACUCUGGCCCUGAGAGCUUUCGACAACGUUUUCGAUGGUUUCACUACCAGGAGGCAUCAGGGCCCCGGGAAGCUCAUAACAAGCUUAGAGAGCUCUGCCACAGGUGGCUUAGGCCUGAGCUUUGCACUAAGGAGCAGAUCCUGGAAUUAUUGGUGCUUGAGCAGUUCCUGACCAUUUUACCUGGAGAAAUACAGAAUCAUGUUCGAGAAAGAUGUCCAAAGAGUGGGGAGGAGGCAGUGGCUUUAGUGGAGAGUUUGCAGAAGGAGCCAAGGAGACCCAGGCGGUGGGUCACAGUCUGUGUUCAUGGACAGGAAGUGCUCUCAGAACAGUCUACCACAUUGGGUACAUUGAGGGAAUCAGUAAAUAUUCCACUGGAGAGAACAGAGCCACGGGCUGAAGAAGAAGGCCAGGAAGAGGGACUGCAAAGCUCUAAGCUAGGACCAUUGGAGGACUCCUGUUCUGAUUCUGAAGAAGAAUCACAGCCCGUUCAAGAGAGAGCUCUGCCUACUCCCCUGGUUCCUGUCCUUCCCCAGGAGGGGAGCACCAGACACUGGGAGAUGGCAGCUGCACUUCCUGGGGCUGGAUUACAGGGCCUGGUAACAAUCAAGGACGUGUCACUAUGCUUCUCUCAGGAAGAGUGGCGGAGCCUGGACCCAUCUCAGACAGACUUUUAUGGAGAAUACAUCAUGGAAGAAAACUGUGGAAUAGUGGUCUCUUUGAGGUUUCCAAUCCCUAAAGUGGAUAUGAUCUCCCAACUAGAAGGGGAAGAGCAAUGGGUCCCAGACUCCACUCAAGACUUAGAAGAAAGGGGCAUCCCAAGAAUCACUUAUCCAGGAGAUAGAAGUGAGUAUGACGGAAACAGCCCUGAGCCGGAACCAGGAUCGCGCAGUACAUUAUCCAGCGUGUCUGAGGAUGCUUUUCUCUGGAGCUCAGAACGGGAAGGGGCCUGGGAGACUAUGCCAAAUAAUGCCGUGGGAAAGAAACGGAGCCCAUCUGCUCCUCAGAAAAAUGAUUUCCCAAGCAUUCUCUGUGAUAUGGGGGCAGAUUCCUUGUUAAAUUCCCAUACAUGCCUUCAGUGUGGGAAACACUUUGUGUGGGGUUCUAGCCUUGCUCAACAUCAGCAAACACACACAAACGAGAGGCCCUAUAACUGCUCCAGGUGUGAUAAGAGCUUUGGAUGGAGACAUCACCUGGCUCGACACUUGCAAACACACAUCCAUGAGAACCUCAGCAGAUUCCCUGUCACUGGCAAGAAAUUCCAGUGCAUUUCUCACUUGGCCAGUCCCCAGAAAGUCCAUAUCCAAGGGAAGAAACUCCCUAAGGCCAGAAAGGUAGAAGAGGCCCCGCAAGCCAGGAAGCAGUCAUGUAUUCCAUCAGGGUUGAGGCGCCAUGUGUGUAGUGAGUGUGGGAGGAGUUUUGGAAGAAGGCACCACCUAGUGAGGCACUGGCUAAUUCACACCGGGGAGAAGCCCUUCCACUGUCCUUACUGUGAGAAGAGCUUUGGCCAGAAACACCAUCUGGAUAGACACCUCCUGACCCAUCAGGGGAGUCUCAGAAGGACUUGGAACAGAAUGACAUCACUUUUAAAACCUCCCUCUGCCUCCACUAGGGCAAGCCUAUCGGGAUCAUCCCAGCUGCUGCCAGGAGAUUUCCUAAAAGGGCUGUCCCUUCCCUUGUGAUCCUUGUCCUCACUGUUUGAAUGGACUAGACAGUAAGAGGAAGAAAGCAGGAGAGCCAAUGGAUCUCUGGGACAGUGACCCCUAUACCUAUUUAGAAAGGUAGGGAUGGUGUUGGUCAAUCUGCUCUCUUCACUAUUCAACUUUGACCCCAUUGGGAAUUUUUUCUUUUCUGAAAAAUAGAAAGUCCUCAUACCA